CCACCGCAAUACGGGCUCUUCGCUUCCGACCCCAUCCCCCCCGGCACUCUUAUUCUGGAGCAUAGGAGCGUCGUCCUCCCCCGGAAAGAGUACAUCCAAGACCCAACAAGCCAGUAUACAGAGCUCUGCGGCCCUAAAGCGCACGUGCGGAUCUUAGGGCCCCCAUUGAGCGUAGCCCUAGACGCAAGAGAAUGGGGAAACGAAGCUCGUUUUGCCCGGGUGUCCUGUCGGCCUAAUGCCCUCGUGCGCCCGAUGAUCGUGCAGGGGGAAUUGAGGUUUGGACUGGUGAGUAUUGGGGGGAUUGGAAGGAGGGAAGAGAUUGUCGUUCCUUGGGAAUGGGAGGAUGGGAGUGUAGUCCACUGGCUGCUUUCCCUU